GACUUCUUCCUGUCAUCUCCUCCGCUUUUCUCCCAAAACAUAACCGCUUUCUCACCCCUGCAGGCUAUUUUGAUGCACUCAUCCUAGAGUCUAGCUUGCAGACUUUCUACAUUAUCUCUUAUCCCUUCUUCCUUCAGCUCAGUCUCAAGUGUUCGCCUUACCCCACUCACACAAAACAGUCACUGACCGUCCCAAACAUUCACAAUGGCGGACCGUUAUAUUCCAGAGCAUCGCCGGACGCAGUUCAAGGCCAAAAAUCAGUUCAAACCCGAUGAGCUUCGUCGUCGCCGUGAGGAACAACAAGUUGAGAUUCGCAAGCAGAAACGAGAAGAAAAUCUUGCCAAGCGGCGAGGUAUUCAAACCAGUGAUGGCGGCAUCGUCGGUGGCCAGGUUGGUGUUGAUAGCGACGAGGAAGAGGGUGGCGCUAUUGAAGGCGAGCUCAACGUCGAACUUCCCGAGAUGGUAAAGGGAGUCUUUUCAGAUCAGAUUGACGAACAAAUUCAAGCUACCACCAAAUUCAGGAAGUUGCUUUCAAAGGAACGCAACCCACCCAUUGAACGCGUUAUUGAGACCGGUGUUGUUAGCCGUUUCGUCGAAUUCCUUCGCUCCCCUCACACUUUGGUCCAAUUUGAAGCUGCCUGGGCCUUGACAAAUAUUGCUUCGGGCUCUGCUCAACAGACUCAGGUUGUUAUCGAGGCCGGUGCUGUCCCUAUCUUUGUGGAGCUCCUUAGCAGCCCUGAGCCUGAUGUACGGGAACAGGCCGUAUGGGCUUUGGGUAACAUCGCCGGUGACAGCCCUCAAUGCCGUGAUUAUGUCCUUUCUGCGGGCGCUCUUCGCCCUCUCUUGGCUCUUAUUAGUGACGGCCGCAAGAUGAGCAUGCUCCGCAAUGCCACAUGGACCUUGAGCAACUUUUGCCGUGGCAAGACCCCACAGCCUGAUUGGAAUACGAUCUCCCCGGCCCUCCCUGUCCUUUCUAAAUUGAUUUACAUGCUUGAUGAUGAAGUUUUGAUUGAUGCUUGCUGGGCUAUUUCAUAUCUGUCUGACGGUUCCAACGACAAGAUCCAAGCUGUUAUUGAAGCUGGGAUUCCUCGUCGUCUAGUAGAGCUUCUGACACAUGCUUCUACUUCCGUUCAGACACCAGCUUUACGAUCGGUUGGCAACAUCGUUACUGGUGAUGACGUUCAGACUCAAGUCAUCAUCAACUGCGGCGCCUUGCCUGCAUUGCUCUCCCUCCUUGGCUCUACCAAGGAUGGCAUUCGAAAGGAGGCCUGCUGGACAAUUUCUAACAUCACUGCCGGAAACUCCGUUCAAAUUCAAGCCGUUAUUGACGCCAACAUCAUCCCACCUCUUAUUAACCUCCUUUCCAACGGCGAUUUCAAGACUCGUAAGGAAGCUUGUUGGGCCAUUUCCAAUGCCACUUCAGGCGGACUGCAAAAACCAGACCAGAUUCGCUACCUGGUCUCUCAAGGUUGCAUCAAGCCGUUGUGCGACCUUCUUGCAUGCCCCGACAACAAGAUCAUUCAAGUCGCUCUUGAUGGUCUAGAGAACAUCCUCAAGGUUGGUGAGAUGGAUAAGGAAGCCACACAAACUGGUGAGGGUAACCUCAACCGCUACGCUCUUUUCAUCGAAGAGGCUGGUGGUAUGGAGAAGAUCCACGAGUGCCAGAACAACGCCAAUGAAGAGAUCUACAUGAAGGCUUACAACAUCAUUGAGAAGUAUUUCUCUGAUGAGGAUGAAGCUGGUGGUGACAUCGACGAGCUUGCUCCUCAGCAAACACAGACCGGUUUCGCUCUCGGCACCAACCAGCAACAACCUGGCGGCUUCAACUUUGCCAACGGUGGUGGCGACUCAAUGGACAUGUAAACGCAUUUUGGAAUCAUGAAAUAUCCGACACCGCUAUUGCGUCCAUUGAAUUUGUCGCUAUAGUGCGGUCUCAAGUCAACCUGAAAGGCUCACUCCUUUUUUUUUUGUUCCUCGAGUCUAAACUUGAUUCCAACUUUCCUACAAGAUUUAAUUACUGCGGUUAUCACAUCAUGCAACCUCCUCUGGCGUUCUGGCACAACAUUAUCCUAGGCCUUUUCCCUCCCACCCAUUUCUCAUUCAAACUGUUUCCUAUCCCCAUCCUAUCGAUUAUAAAUGGUUUGAUCCCUUUUUGCUUUAUGAAGGUCUAAUGUUAGCACGAUAAGUAAGAUACACAAUCAUGUAACCCCACGUUUUCUCAUGUUAUUUUAGCAACUAAACCAUCAAUUUAUGUCGCAUCCGAUUUUCCUCAUAUCUUAGGAGUAUACUCCCCCCUAUAUUUUGGACCUCCCUCCCAAUCAAUCUAAAUGACGCCCCAAUUCGACUUCAUAUG